AUGCAUUUGGCUUGUCAAAAAAAUUUGGCAACAUCAAAACUCAGUGGUAAUGGCAGAAAAGAUCCUAAUCUGCCAUUACCACUGAGUUUUGGUGUUUCCAAAUUUUUUUGACAAGCCAAAUGCAUCAUCGCAAAAGAACAAUUUUUUUUAUUGCAUUUGGCUUGCCCAAAAAAUUUGGAAACACCAAAACUCAGUGGUAAUGGCAGAUUAGGAUCUUUUUGUCAAAAUUUUUCUGGCAAACCAAGAAUGGCUCCAUAG